AACAGAAUCAAGAAAACGUCAAAACAAACUUUCAAAAAUAAACGUUGACUGUUUACAAAGAUUUGGAAUUAGCUGGAGAAUAUCGUGAAAAAAUAUAUUGAAAAGCCAGAUAAAAUGUCCAUGAUGGAAGAAGAGUUUAUUGUUGCACCGUGGGUAGGCCCUACAAGUUGUAAAAACCGUUUAUCUGUGGUUGUUACAUCAACUUGCGGAGAUAUCAUUGAAAGAAUAUCAGAAGCUUUAACAGAAGUUCAUAAAAAAGGUAAAUUUCAAUGGAAACUUAGUGUAUUACGCUCGUUUCAACUGGAAGAUGUUGUUAGGCAGUUUGAUUUAACUGGCAAAAUCGGUAUGGACUUCGUUAUAGUGGCCAUCGACACAAGUAGAAUAUUUUGCUUAGACUGGGCGAAAGGGGUUUUAUCACAAGUUCAUUCGGAUUUGAAAGUUCGUCGUGUUGUGCUCGUGAACGCUGGUGGUCUUCCUGUGAACGCUAUGGCAAUAAGUGCGAGUGAUUUGAUGAACUUCCAAAGUGAGGUGGAUUUAGACAUUAUUACUGCUAAUGUGUUUGAUGCGGACAAUGCCACAUUUCUGGCACGAAGAUUACUCAAGUAUAUUGAAGUAUCUGUUGGUGUUAAGACAGGAAUUCCUAAUCUAAAUGUGUAAAUAUAAGUGCCUACAAUGUUUCAUCUCAUCAUAAUUCUAGAAAACCAGUAAUAAAGUUGUAAUAACAUCUGCAAGUAGAUGACAUCGCUGGGUAUCUACAUCACAACCAUCACAGAACUCAACUGCUCAUAGUCCAAGGACUGAUUGCAGAUAAAACACAGAACAAUUAUCUAUUGCUAAUAUGAUAAAGAGGAAACAUUUUUUUGUUGUACACUAAAACUACUGAACCGAUUGGAGGUUAGAAUUAGAUCUGAGUACAAACCAAAAGCUACAUUUUGCCCAGGUAUAGGAAGAAACGGCUAGUUAUCUAAAUGAUAAUGUAAAUGACUGCAACUUUACUGCUGGUUUCACUCGCUCGCUGUGGGAACUUCUGCUAGGUAUUCUGUGACUCAGGGAUAAUUUAGUUUCCCAAGAAGUUAAACCAGGAAAUGAUACUAAUGGCCAGUUUCAUCAAAAGUCUAAAGUAAAAGUAACGGUCAAAUUCGUUUUUUCAAGGCUAAAGUGACAGCAAAACUAAUAGAAAAAUUGAAUUUGACCGUUACUUUUACUUUAGACAUUACUUUGACUUUUACUUUGGCUUUAACUUUUGAUGAAGAAACUGGCCAUUAGUAUCAGUCUCAGAAGUGAACCAAAUUCAGUUGUUUGAUUUAUGCUAUACAAAAUUAAAAAUGAGAAGUAGAUAAGUAUUUUAAGCUGUUUUGUGUUCUAGUGGUAUUGUAUAUAAAUGUAUUAAUUGUAAAGCCAGUUUAAAUAUUUAUGUUAGUGGAUGAACGAUAAGUAAAUAAAACAUGUUUUACACA